CGCGGCUCCCUCCGCCUCUUUUCGGCUGCUGGCUGAGGGAGCGGACGGCUGCGGCGUUUCUCCUCGUCCUCGUCCUCCCCGCGCUCCCCGCUCUCCUCGCCUCCUUCCCGGCCGCCCCGGCUGCCUCUCUCGGCCUGCUUCUCCCUUCCGCCAGGGUCCUUUUUUGGGCGAGGAUGUCGAAUGGUUACGAGGACCACAUGGCCGAGGACCUGAAGGACGACAUUGGGCGGACGAACCUGAUAGUGAACUACCUUCCGCAGAACAUGACCCAGGACGAGCUGCGCAGCCUCUUCAGCAGCAUCGGGGAGGUCGAGUCGGCCAAGCUCAUCCGGGACAAGGUCGCAGGACACAGCCUGGGCUACGGCUUUGUGAACUACGUGACGGCCAAGGACGCCGAGAGAGCCAUCAACACCCUCAACGGGCUCAGGCUCCAGUCCAAGACCAUCAAGGUGUCCUACGCCCGUCCCAGCUCGGAGGUCAUCAAGGACGCCAACCUGUACAUCAGCGGCCUGCCACGGACGAUGACGCAGAAGGACGUGGAGGACAUGUUCUCGCGGUUCGGGCGCAUCAUCAACUCCCGCGUCCUGGUCGACCAGACCACAGGCCUGUCCCGCGGGGUGGCCUUCAUCCGCUUCGACAAGCGCUCCGAGGCCGAGGAGGCCAUCUCCAGCUACAACGGGCACAAGCCCCCGGGCUCCUCGGAGCCCAUCACGGUCAAGUUCGCGGCCAACCCCAACCAGAACAAGAACGUGGCGCUGCUCUCCCAGCUCUACCAUUCUCCCGCCCGGCGGUUCGGGGGCCCCGUCCACCACCAGGCCCAGAGGUUCAGGUUCUCCCCCCUGGGUGUAGAUCACAUGAGUGGGCUCUCGGGCGUGGGCGUGCCGGGGAACUCCUCCUCCUCGUCCUCCUCCUCCUCGGGCUGGUGCAUCUUCAUCUACAACCUGGGCCAGGAUGCCGACGAGGGGAUCCUCUGGCAGAUGUUUGGGCCCUUCGGGGCCGUGACUAACGUCAAAGUCAUCCGCGACUUCAACACCAACAAGUGCAAAGGCUUUGGCUUUGUGACCAUGACAAACUAUGAGGAGGCCGCCAUGGCCAUCGCCAGCCUCAACGGCUACCAACUGGGGGACAAAAUCUUGCAGGUUUCCUUCAAAACCAACAAGGCACACAAAUAACAACAACAACAACACACCCCGCCGCUUCGUUUAUUUCUCGACUUAUUCCCCCUCUUGCUUUAUUUUUUUUUUCCUCGAUGACGACGAUUAAUAUUAAAUUUUUUGUUGUUUUUUUCUUUUUUGUAUGGAAUUUUUGGGGUUUUGUUGUUUUUUUUUGUUUUUUGUAUGGAAUAGAGAGAAACGAGAGAGUGACAGGAAGACAAGGAAGGUAAACAAAAACACCUUUAUUAUUGUUAUUAUUAUUAUUAUUUGGGUUAGCGUAUUACCGUUCUUUCCUUCCUUCGUUGUGUUGUUUUUCCGCGUCCUUCCGAUGUCAACGAUAACACGGGAGAGGUUGCGUUGUGUUUCUGGGAUGCCAAAAUGUUUUGGAAAAGCUUUCGAUCCAAUUAUUGUUUUAUUGUUUUGGAAACGCAUUUGACCCAAUUAUUUUAUUAUUUUGGAAAUGCAUUCGACCCAAUUAUUUCAUUAUGUUUUCGAAACUCGUUCGAUCCCAUUAUUUUAUUAUUUUGGAAACGCAUUUGACCCAAUUAUUAUUUUAUAGUUUUGGAAACGAGUCCGAUCCAAUUAUUUUAUUGUUUUGGAAACACAUUCGAUCCAAUUAUUUUAUUAUGUUUUGGAAACGCGUCCGAUCCCAUUAUUAUAAUUUUAUUAUUUUGGAAAUGCAUUUGAUCCCAUUAUUUUAUUGUUUUGGAAACGAGUCCGAUCCGAUUAUUAUUUUAUUAUUUUGGAAACGAGUCUGAUCCGAUUAUUAUUUUAUUGUUUUGGAACCGAGUCCGAUCCGAUUAUUUUAUUAUUUUGGAAACGCAUUCGACCUAAUUAUUUCAUUAUGUUUUCGAAACUCGUUCGAUCCCAUUAUUACUUUAUUAUUUUGGAAACGCAUUUGACCCAAUUAUUUUAUUGUUUUCGAAACUCGUUCGAUCCCAUUAUUAUUUUAUUGUUUUGGAAACGCAUUUGAUCCCAUUAUUAUUUUAUUGGUUUGGAAACUAGUCCGAUCCCAUUAUUUUAUUGUUUUGGAAACGGGUCCGAUCCGAUUAUUAUUUUAUUGUUUUGGAAACUAGUCCGAUCCCAUUAUUUUAUUGUUUUGGAAACUAGUCCGAUCCGAUUAUUUUAUUAUUUUGGAAACGCAUGCGAUCUGAUUAUUAUUUUAUUAUGUUUUGGAAACGCAUUCGACCCAAUUGUUUCAUUAUGUUUUCGAAACUCGUUCGAUCCAUUAUUUUAUUGUUUUGGAAACGAGUCCGAUCCGAUUAUUAUUUUAUUGUUUUGGAAACGAGUCCAAUCCAAUUACUUUAUUGUUUUGGAAACGCAUUUGACCCAAUUAUUAUUUGAUUAUGUUUUGGAAUUGCAUUCGAUCCCAUUACUAUUUUAUUAUUUUGGAACCGCAUUUGACCCAAUUAUUAUUUUAUUGUUUUCGAAACUCGUUCGAUCACAUUAUUAUUUUAUUAUGUUUUCGAAACUUGUUCGAUCCCAUUAUUAUUUUAUUAUUUUGGAACCGCAUUCGACCCAAUUAUUAUUUUAUUAUGUUUUCGAAACUCGUUCGAUCCCAUCAUUAUUUUAUUGUUUUCAAAACUCGUUCGACCCGCGUUCGACCCAAUUAUUUUAUUAUGUUUUGUAAACUCAUUCGAUCCAGUCGUUACAAUUUUAUCGUUUUGGAAAAGCAUUCGAUCCAAUUAUUUUAUUAUUGUUUUGGAAAAGCGUUCGAUCCAAUUAUUAUUAUUGUUUCGGGAAAGCGUUCGAUCCAAUUAUUAUGAUUUUAUUAUUACAUUUUUUGGAAAACGUUUGAUCCCAUUAUUACGAUUUUACGUGUCGUCGAAAAGGCUCCCGUUGCGGUUGCUGCGAGUUUGGCGGUCUGCCCGGCUAGGUCCCAGCAGCACUCUCUCCUGACGUUUCACCCACAUCUACUGCAGGCAUCCUUGGAAGUUGUGAGGUCUUGUUGGAAGACUAGGCGAGCUGGGUUGAUAUAUAUAUAUAUAUAUAUAUAUAUAUAUCCGUGGUGGUGUCCAGGUUGCGAAUGGUGUUAGCUGGCCCUGAUUGUUCCCUAGGGUUUUGUAUAGCUAUGGAAGGUCCAGGAAGUCUUUUGUCUGUGUGAUGCAAGUGGCAAUGUUGCAAAUGGCCAGCUUAAUCGACAUCGAAUGGCCUCGCAGCUACAAAGCCUGGCGGCUUCCUACCCGGGUUGAAUCCUUUGUUGGGAGGUGUUAGCUGGCCCUGAUUGUUCCCUAGGGUUUUGUAUAUCUGCGGAAGGCCCAGGAAGUCUUUGUCUGUGUGAUGCAACCUCAAAUAGCCUUACAGCGUCAAAGCCUGGUUGCUCCCUUCCUGGGGGACUCCUUUGUUGGGAAGUGUUAGCUGGCCCUGAUUGUUCCCUAGGGUUUAUAUAUAUCAGAGGAAGGUCCCAGAUGAGAAAAAUAAGUCUUUGUCUGCCUGCGAAUGUUGCGAACAACCAGUUUGAUUAACACUGAAUAGCCUGGCUGCUUCCCGCCUGAGGGAAAUCCUUUGUUGGGAUGUGUUAGCUGGCCCUGAUUGUUCCCUAGGGUUUAUAUAUAUCAAUGGAAGGUCCCAGAUGAGAGAAAUAAGUCUUUGUCUGCCUGUGAAUGUUGCAAAUGGCCGGCUUGAUUAACACUGAAUAGCCUCGCUGUUUCCCGCCUGGGGAAAAUCCUUUGUUGGGAGGUGUUAGCUGGCCCCGAUUGUUCCCUAGGGCUUAUAUCUGUGGAAGGUGGUCCGGGGAGGCCGAAAUAAGUGAGAAUAUUGUCAUGGGAAUAGUCCUUACAGCUUCAAGGCCUGGCUGCUUCCUCCCUUUGGGGAAUCCUGGGUUGUCCCGACCUCACAACCUCCCACAGAUGUGGGUGAAACGUCAGGAGGGAGUGCUUCCGGAACGUGGCCAGGCAGCCCAGAAAAGUCUCAGCAACUUUAUUUUUAUUUUAUUUUAUUAUUAUUAUUAUUCUUUUCAAGACGACGACGAUGACGACGUCAUCAACACCCCGAAAAUCAAGACUCGCGAUUGUCGGACGUCUUUCUUUGCAAAACCGUUGUGUCGGGAGGAACACAGACAAAAAAAACAAUCCCACAAUCCCCUGUUUCCAAGGACCAAAGAGUUUCGGAAGGAGCUCUGGGAACGGUCGCGGAGCCGUUGUUUUCGAACGAAACUCGGAACUCGUCGCGCCUGCGCAUUUGAGCAUCGUUCACUCUCUUCGUUUGGGGUUUAUUAAUUAUUUUAAAUUUUUUUUUGCAUCCUUGCUAACGAAUAAGUACUAGGUUGACCUUGUUGUUCUUCCCCCCCCCCUUUCUUAUUUUAAUAAUAACGACGAUAAUAAUAAUAGGAUAGUUUUACGUAUUUGAACGAGUUCCGAGACUGACGAAGUCACAACCUCGUCGCCGAUGACGAUUUUGCUUGAACGGAAGCCCCUCCCCCUUAACGAGACAGGUUAUUAUUCUCGUCAGGCUGCCUUGAAACUAUUUUUUUUUUAAAAAAAAAGUUCUUUGUUUUCUGUUUAAUUUUGUUCUUUUGCUUUUGAUUUUUUUGGUUUGUUUGUUCAUUUGUUUGUUUUUACUUUUUUGCCUUGGAAAAGACCUGAUUAAAUUUGAUUUUGGUUUUGCUCGAGUUUUGUUUUGGUUUGUUUGUUAUUUUAAUUUUACCCCCCUAACCCCGCUUUCCCGACACACGCACAAAGGGAAGUGGCCGGAAGAAUCGCUUCCACCCACAGACGCUCCGGCAAUUCCGAGUCCGAGAAUUUCAGAAACUCAGACUCGGGAAAGAGCCAGAGGUUCCUUAGAAGUGACCGGGAAAAAUGCCGUCCAGAGUCCGAGAGCGUCAGUCCAUCCCAUAAAGAGUUGACUGUAAACAUGACUUCUGUCCGGAUCGGGGUGAGUUCUCGAGGAAUCAGUCUCGCUCAGCAGAAGGUUGAGUCUGAAGCCUGGGUCAGGGUGACCUCCUGAGCAAUCCAGAGUUGGCUGUAAACAUCGCUUCCACCCAUAGGCGCUCUGGCAGUCCAGAGUCCGAGAGCGCCAGUCCGUUCCGCAGAGAGUUAGCUUAAAACAUCGCUCCCACCCGGGUCGGGGUGAGCUCUCGAGGAAUCAGUCUCGCCCACUGGAAGAGAGUCCGAAGCCCGGGUUGGGGUGAGCUCCUGACUAAUCCAGAGUCCAAGAGCGUCAGUCCGUUCCGCAGAGAGUUGGCUGUAAACAUCGCUUCCACCCAUAGACGCUCCGGCAGUCCAGAGUCCGAGAGCGUCAGUCUGUUCCGCAGAGAGUUGGCUGUAAACAUCGCUUCCACCUGGGUCAGGGUGAGCCCCCGAAAAAUCAGUCUCGCCCACCAGAAGGUUGAGAGUUGGAAGCCCGGGUCGGGGUGAGCUCCCGAGGAAUCAGACUUGCCCACCAGAAGGUUGAGAGUCCGAAGCCCGGGUCGGGGUGAGCUCCCAAAUAAUCAGUCUCACCCACCAGACGGUUAAGUGUCCGAAGCGUGGGUGGGGGUGAGCCCCCGAACAAUCAGUCUCGCCCACCAGAAGGUUGAUAGUUCGAAGUCCGGGUCGGGGUGAGCUCCCGAGGAAUCAGUCUCGCCCACUGUAAGGUUGAGAGUCCGAGAGCAUUGGCUGUAAACAUCGCUUCCACCCGGGUCAGGGUGAGCUCCUGAGGAAUCCAGAGUCCAAGACCGUCAGUCCAUUCCGCAGAGAGUUGAAUGUAAAUAUGACUUCCAUCCAGAUCGGGGUGAGCUCCCGAGGAAUCAGUCUCGCCUACCGGAAGGUUGAGAGUCCGAAGCCUGGGUUGGGGUGAGCUCCUGACUAAUCCAGAGUCCGAGAGCGUCAGUCCGUUCUGCAGAGAGUUGGCUGUAAACAUCGCUUCCACCCAUAGGCGCUCCGGCAGUCCAGAGUCCGAGAGCGUCAGUCCGUUCCGUUGACGAUAACGCACGGUCUUCAAGUCAACGUAAAACAAAUCUUCACACAGACAGCAAUUUAAGUCUUCAAUGAACAAGCUUACCACUUGUAAACGAUGAGAGCCUUCGAAGACACUGUGCUGAGAACAGGAAUGCCCCAAAAAUAGGCCAGUUGCAGCCAGCACUAAUUUAUAGUCCCGAGCUUCCCUUAGGGACACGAAUGGCGUCCUGCAAUGUCCGGGAAAGAGCCAGAGGUUUCUUAGAAGUGAACGGGAAAAACGUCCUUUGUCUUUAUCACUUCUCGACAUUUGUUGACAAAUCUCAGCCAUCUUCGAGACGAGCGAGUGGAGAGAAAACGCCGCAGGAACGGAACCUGAAAAUGAACGGGGAAAGGAUACUCGCCGGGUGCGUUUCUGCCUCACUUCUCUCCCGUUUGCCAUGGAUUUAUCGUUCUUUGGAGUGACAGACGAGAUGGGAUCAUUGCCAAACUAGAAAUGCCAAAGUUUCCUCUCGUUUAUGGAGAGGCCGUUUCGCUCGUUCUUCAUUCGUUGCGGAAGGUUUGUAUGCAUUCCCAGAUUUUUCGGCUUCCCGAUCCAUCUAUCAAUGUGCCAAUGUUUAUAUAUAUCUAUAUAUAAUAUAGAUACGAACACACAACCUCAUGAACAUUUCCAGGAAUGGAUUUCCCUCUGAAGACUUUGCUGCUCGAUCCACAAUUUCGUCUUGGAUAAUACAACUGACCCUUUCGUUCCACUGCCAAAACGUGGUUUUUCCUGCCCUGUUCUCCUUUAUUUGUGUUUUUUUAUAUAUUAUUAUGAUUAUUUCUAAAGGCCUGGACCAAACUUUGUAUAGGGUGUAAAUCUCAAAAUACAGAGACAGACAGGACACGAACAGAGGCAAGGCUGUUGUUUUCCGCGCCGAGGAGCCAGUCGUCUAUAUAUGUGUUUCACAGUCGGAUUUUUGCCCGGCUUUAGCACACCCUAAGAUACGAUUUAUCUCGCCCACCAGAAGGUUGAGAGUUCGAAGCCCAUUUGAGAGUCCGAAACCCGGGUCGGGGUGAGCUCCUGAGCAAUCAGUCUCAGAGUCCGAAACCCGGGUCGGGGUGAACUCCCAAAUAAUCAAAGUUUAAAGCCCGGGUCAGGGUGAGCUCCUGAGUAAUCAGUCUCAAAUUCCGAAUCCCGAAAUAAUUGUGGAGUCCGAAACCCGGGUCAGGGUGAGCUCCCAAAUAAUCAGAGUCCGAAACCCGGCUCGGGGUGAACUCCUAAAUAAUCAGAGUUUAAAGCCCGGGUCGGGGUGAGCUCCUGAGUAAUCAAUCUCAAAUUCCGAAUUCCCGAAAUAAUCGGAGUCCGAAUCCUGGGUCGGGGUGAGCUCCUGAGCAAUCAGUGUCAGAAUCCGAAACCCGGGUCGGGGUGAGCUCCUGAGUAAUAAGUGUCAGAAUCCGAAACCCGGGUCGGGGUGAGCUCCUGAGUAAUAAGUGUCAGAAUCCGAAACCCGGGUCAGGGUGAGCUCCUGAGUAAUAAGUGUCAGAAUCCAAAACCCGGGUCGGGGUGAGCUCCUGAGCAAUCAGUGUCAGAAUCCGAAACCCGGGUCAGGGUGAGCUCCUGAGUAAUAAGUGUCAGAAUCCAAAACCCGGGUCGGGGUGAGCUCCUGAGCAAUCAGUGUCAGAAUCCGAAACCCGGGUCGGGGUGAGCUCCUGAGUAAUCAGUCUCAGAGUCCAAAACCCAGGUCAGGGUGAGUUCCCAAAUAAUCAGAAUCUGAAACCCGGGUCGGGGUGAGCUCCCGAGUACUCAGUCCGAAACCUGGGUUGGGGUGAGCUCCUAAAUAAUCAGAGUCCGAAACCCGGGUCGGGGUGAGCUCCCGAGUACUCAGUCUCAGAGUCCGAAUCCCGGGUCGGGGUGAGCUCCCGAGUACUCAGUCUCAGAGUCCGAAACCCGGGUCGGGGUGAGCUCCCGAGUACUCAGUCUCAGAGUCCGAAACCCGGGUCGGGGUGAGCUCCCGAGUACUCAGUCUCAGAGUCCGAAGCCCGGAUCGGGCUUCGGACUCUGAGACUGAGUACUCGGGAGCUCACCCCGACCCGGGUUUCGGACUCUGAUUAUUUGGGAUCUCACCCCGACCUGGGCUUCGAAUUCAGCUCCUAUUUAUCUACUCACAUCUGUUUUCGGACCUCUGGAUGGGCAGGAGCCGGGCGAUCGAACGGUCCGGAGCUCACCCCGACCCGGUUCCCCCCUUUUUUGCUUUACCUUCUUCCUUCCAAAAUGUACAAUCUUGAUGAUGCUUGAGACACAUAUUCUUAUUUUUAUUUUUUGUACGUAUAUUUAUUCGGUGUGUUUGUUUGUUUUUUGGUACCGUUUUAUACCGAACGAGACGAUUUAUUUGUUUGUUUAUUUAUUUUCCAGGGGCCACUUCUUUCGGACUUUUUUCUUUCUCUGCUUCGGACUUUUGGGGGGAAUUUACUCUUUUCUUCUUCUUCUUCUUCUUUUUCUUUUCCUCCUUCAAUAAAGUAUUGACGCUGCUACA